AUGCAGUUUCGCAAUCGUGAGUUCACCUUCUGGGACUGCCUCGAAAUUCAGGGGGAGUUGACUCUUGUGGAGUUUCUUGAUCAUUUCAGACGCGAGCUCCAAAUCGAAAUCGUCUACCUGUCGGAAGGAGCCCGCAUGCUAUACGACGCUUACGCGCCCCCGCCGCGGAGUCGCCUGAACCUGGCCGUAAGCAAAGUUCUGGAGGACGUGUCCAAGACGGAGAUCGACAGCAGCAAGCGCGCCCUGAUGCUUCAGCUGAUGGGCAGGGACGUCAACAGCGGCGAGGAAGUGGAACUACCCGACGUGCGAUACGUGCUGAGCAAGUGA